AUGCGAUUCAUAGCUCGGUCAGAUUUCUAGGGUUUUUGUUUUCCCUGUAACUGAGAAGGUCGGUUUCUUUUGAACGGUGUCUUACCGUCGUUGUUUCCGUCAAGAAUAAAUGCGAGUGAUAGAAAGCUUGUUGGUUGGUUUGCGAAUUAAACCGGUCAGUCUUGCACACCAGAUGUCUUCUGAUCACAGCAAGAAACAUCAGUUGUUUCUUCUGUGUUGUUUCCAUUUCAUGAGCCGGGGUAGGUUGUGGUGUUCUCAGAAGAUCUUCUUUCGGCACUGGACCUAACUAGAUUUGGAAGGUUUUUGGAAAGUAAUUUUAGGGUAUAUAUAGCUGUUUUUCUUUUGGUGCUUUAGUGGAGUAAUAUUACUUAUAGUCAAGCUACAUUUCUGGAAACAAUUGGUGGGCUGUUGAUUAAGAAGGCUAGGUAUAUCAUAUCAGAGAUUCCAAAGCUAUUAUAUUGUGGGACGUCCUGUUGGUACUCUUCAUGGAAAGGACGUCUCUCCCUCCAGGUUUUCGCUUUCAUCCUACUGAUGUUGAGUUGGUUAUGUACUACCUCAAAAGGAAGGUGAUGGGGAUGAAGCUUCUAGUGGAUGCAAUGGCAGAGCUCAACAUCUAUAAGUACUCUCCAUGGGAUCUUCCAGAUAAAUCAUGCUUGAGAAGUAAAGAUCUUGAGUGGUACUUCUUUUGCCCAAAAGAGAGAAAAUAUGCAAGUGGAGCUAGGACAAAUCGUGCUACUGAAAUUGGGUAUUGGAAGUCCACUGGAAAGGACAGACCUGUUCUGUACAAGCAGCAGAAUGUAGGCAUGGUAAAAACCUUGGUUUUCCACAAAGGUCAUGCACCUAGUGGUGAGAGAACAGAUUGGGUUAUGUAUGAAUAUAGGCUUCAAAUUAAGGAAUUGGCAGAUGCUGGUGUUGUUCAGGAUGCAUAUGUGCUCUGUAAAGUCUUCCAGAAGAAUGGGCGAGGCCCCCAAAAUGGAGCCCAAUAUGGAGCACCAUUUAAUGAGGAAGAUUGGAAUGAUGAUGCAGAAAUACGUGCAGAAUCUUUACCGUCUAGUAGUCUCUGCCCACCGGCAUUGCCUUCCAACAAGAAUGAUUCUGUUGUUACAACCAUGUUAGUUCAUGGAAGCACAAGUGUUGAUCCGUUAUCUGAACAAGGGCAGUUGAAUGUUCAACCUCUGGCUGAUGGUGUGCCUUCACCUGCACCAGAUAAUGAUGAAUACAUGAACUCGUUAUUGAACAUGUUCAGAGAUGAUGAGGUGGAUAAUUGCAAUGAUAUAUACAAGGGCUUGGGUGACUUGGACUGGGCAGAUCUGAUUGGAGGUGAGUGUGGGACAACUAACUAUGGCGGCACUAACCCAGUGCUUAUGGGCAACGGCAUGGCUCCAAACACUGAUGGGACAACUAAAUAUGGCACUAACCCAGUGCUUAUGGGCAGGGACAUGGCCCCAAACACUGAUGAGACAACUAAAUAUGGCACUAACCCAGUGCUUAUGGGCAAUGACGUGGCUUUUUUGGAGCUGAAUGAUCUCAGCUACCCAUUACACUACCCUGUUGAGGCCACUGCAUCUGAACACUUCAGUGAUAGAUCAUACGAACCCUACAGAGAUAACUAUCCAAAGCAAAGUUGUUUCCCAGUUGAUUCCUUUGGUGCUUUUCACCAUGUUUCUGAUAUGAACCAGUUGCCCAUGCUGCCUGAAGAAGCUAAUGGGCACAGUAAUCAUCUUGAUUUGUUCCAGGAAUAUGAUCCUUGGGAAAAUGCAAAUCAGGGAUUCACUGCUAGUUCUUACAAUCUGCCUUCUACUCCUUGCGAGCAGCCCAGAGAGGGAAAUACUGUUGUGCAAGACCAGAAUAGAGGAGAGCACCAAAGAAAAUCUUACUCAAGACUCCAACAACUGUUGGAGUCCAUCCCUGCCCGUCCUGCAUCAGCUGCAGAGCACCUUGUUUUUGCUGACAGGGCUGAGAAAUUGAAGGAACCUAGUCCCUUUGUCAUCUAUGGUUGCUCCUCCAUUGACGUCAAGGCUGAGGUGACUGGUAGGGUUGGUAGGUGCACUGAGGAUGCUUUGUCACAAAAGUUGGAGGGGCUUCCUUAUGGGUGUUGCACCUGCAACCUGCCCAGGACGGGUUUUGGCAAAUCAAUGGUAGAAUGUGGCAGGCUGUUUGGACUUUCCACGUUCCGGGGGAUGCUUUCUUUUUUUACUUGGAUCUUCUUAAUUGCAGUGCUGGCUAAACUUGGCAAGUUUACUUGGAACGUGAUUGUCUCCCAUCAAUUUUCUUUGCCAUUUUCUGUGUCAUAAUUGUUUGGUGGGUUGUCAAUUAUUUAGAAUAAUCUAGUUUCUGGUAGAUAUCAUUGGCCGGCUUAACUGUUAAGUAUGGUAGUUAUUUUGGUUUAGACUCGUGUCUGGUUCCCAUACUAUAUUUUGUUGAGAGCGAAAGCGAGGGCUGUGUAAUUAUCCCAACCAAGCAAUUUGCCUAAAUGCACUCGUCUUUUCUAUGAAUAAAUUGCUAGUUUUAAGUUUAA